GCCCGUCUGUGACCGUAAACAGUAGACUCGGAACCUACACAAUUCGGGAUCGUGUUUGUUUUAUUCGAUUUUCGUUUCGAUUAUAAUCGAUAAAUCGGUAUAGAUCGAUUAUUCGGAAUGGUAUUGUGAUUUGUGUGAUUUGUUGUUACGUAUUGUGUUUUGUUUUAAAGAUUGCGAGUUCCGGUUGUCCAAGGGAUUUUCACUUGGAAAAUACUUGGAGCGGGUCCAAUGAAUAUGAGUGGUAAACAUAAAUAGAUUUUUAUACGUCGCCCAACAAGAGCUUAGAAUAUAGUUGGAAAAUCUGAAAAGCGGGUACAGAAACCGAUAUCAAUGACUUCGAAGCCAUGGAUUGUUCUAGAAGAUGAAAGUGAUUGUCACGUGGUGAGGUGUCCAAUUGUCCGAAUGUCCAGUGAAUGUGGUUGUGUUGAAAAUGGCGAGAGAUCGGCAUUUGUGUGUGCUGGUGACAGUGUUCAUAUUACAGACGUUAAUAAACACCAGUUUGGAGAUUGUAGAUUCAUAUGUUAUACAAGUAUGGUCAGCGCCAGGCAGCAUGACGAGACUACCGUGCGACCUGGCCGCUCCUGUACGGGACGUAGCAAUGAUGCUACUAUUCAAAGAUGGCGACCGAAUGCCUAUAUACACUGUGGACUUCAGAAAUGGACCUCCAGUCCAUUGGGCAGUCGCAGGCGAGUUUGGAGCUCGCACACACUUUGUGCUCAACGAGUCCGAUCCAUCAUCAGCUCACCUUGCCAUUGACAAAGUGGCGAGACAGGAUGAUGGACUAUACAGAUGUAGGAUCGACUACGUCGACUCGCCUACAAGGAACUACCGGGUUAAUUUAACUGUGAUAGUACCACCAGAACCGGCUCGGAUAUAUGACUCCGAGGGGCGAGAAAUACUUGGUUCGAUGGCUGGACCAUUCCGAGAGGGGCAGGAUCUGCUGAUCUCCUGUCAGGCGGUUGGAGGAAAACCACCGCCAGAUGUUUCUUGGUACAGAGGCGAGGAGUUGUUAGCCAUAACAAAGGAAGGCUCGGUUUGUCAGCUUCAUCUCCAGAGGCUGUCCAGGGAGAUGUCCCAUACUAAACUGCAGUGUAAAGUGAAGCCACCGUUACUGCAGCCACAGUUUAGGAAUGUUACACUUAAAUUAUAUCUAAAACCACAGUUUAUUCGCGUAAGCGGCAAAGGCGCAACGCGAGCUGGCCAAGAUAGAUCCUUCACGUGCACAACUCAAGGUUCAAAACCAGCCCCAAAUAUUGACUGGUUCAUCAACUCACAAAGAGUAGAUUCCACUUUAACAGAGGUGGAUGUAGACGGAGAAAUAACCAAGAGUACUCUAACUUGGCAUGUGAGAAGAGAAGAUAGUGGGCGUCAGCUGGUCUGCAGGGUCUCUAAUCCUUGGUUCCCAGCAUAUACUCUGGAGGACUCGAUCACCUUCGACGUUAUGUAUCCUCCCGUCGCCCAAAUAUCCCUCGUGAAGCCGAAAGAACCUCGUCUGCUCCGAGAAGACGAAAAUGCUGAAUUGUCAUGUUCAGCGGAUGCUUCGCCUCCUGCUACAAAUUUUACCUUCUAUAAAGGAGCAGAGGUACAUGUUAUCCGAGAUGAUCCCAUUAAUGGUAUUUCGGUGGAGAGGAACAAGCUGAUGCUGCGAGGCUUGAGGAGACAUCACUCCGCGUUGUACAGAUGCAGAGCGAGAAACUCAGAGGGAAGUGCAUUAAGUGAACCUCUGACAUUGGAUGUACUAUCACGUCCAGAAUGUGCAGCUGGUAGCGUCAUUCAGCAGCUGGCAGGAACUCCUGGAGGAGAAGUAAGAGCUCGGUGUUCAGUGACCGCUCCUUCCUUGCGAGACGCUGGACCUUUACGGUUCUACUGGACUUAUAAUGGCACUAAAGACGUUCUGCCGAUACCAGCUUCUAAUGUAACAGUGAUGGGUACAAGCAGUACUGUAAUCCAUGGUUUACCAAAAGACAGUGAAGAUGAUCUUGGUUGGCUCGCAUGCUGGGCCAGCAACGACGUAGGAAACCAGAGAGAGCCGUGUCUGUUCAGAAUAGUUCCCGCCGCUCUCCCAGAACCUCCGAGCAACUGUGGCAUCGAAAAUGAAGUACUCCAAUGCGAACCUGGUCAUGACGGUGGACUCACGCAACGGUUCCUGCUAGAAGCCCUGGAGGUACGGCCUCGGCAAGACGUGGCCCAUGAAGAUAAUGAGAUAUCCACUAUGAACGAUCAGGGUAUAUCUGGGCGUGGAUUAUCGGAAGCUGUAUAUCGUGUGAGAAAUGAUAGUCCCCAGUUUUCACUCGACGCUUUAUCUCCGGGUCGUUAUACAUUGCUCGUUUACUCUGAAACACCAAGGGGACGAUCUCCACGACCGGCAGCAUUGCACAGUGUAGCAAUAAAGUCAUCCAAUGAUCUGGAUGUACCUGGUUCUCUUCAAACCAUGACCCCAGCACCGCCUCCUCCUGUUGGAGAUAACAGCGUGGCAUUGCUGACUGGAGCUGUUUUAUCACUAGUUUUGUUGACAAUUCUAACUACAUUGUGUGUGGCCCUCGUUGUUAUGUGCAGAAAGAAGAGACCUAGACGCGAUCCUGAACAAAGUACAAUUAUGCGCAGAAACGUUGGUGUGUCAAUGUAUGGAGGUUCAUCUAUAGGUCAAAGUGUAGUUCCUACAGUAGUUGUAAGAGGGCACAGAGGUUCUAGAGUGCUGGCUGCAAGAUGGUCAGGUGUUCUAGAUGAUACUCCAUUAACUGUACUAGCUCUAGAUACUAGGGCACAUGAUGAGACUGAAGAGAGCACCAGUGAUGCAGAACAAGAAACUGUGUUGACAAGGCACGACCAAAUCGAAACUCAAACGGACUCAUAAAUAAUAUUUCAUUUCGUAUAAAUAUUUAUUCGAAUAAUAAAUAUAUUCUACUUUUCUCAAAAUAAACCUAAAAUAAUAUUAGAUUUUAGAUAUAGAAAGAAAUAAUCAAACAAAAUGAAAGGAAUAUAAUGUUAUUAGACAAAAACUUUUUUCUUUUGCUGGAGUGUCGAUUAUUGUUUUAAAGAUUUUUUUUUCUUAUUAUAAUUUUUUUACUCGCCAAAUUAUUUUAACAUAUACACACUCCAUUUCCACUAGAUUUCGAAUGCAAGAGUUUUGUAUUAAGAAAAAUUUUUUUUUCGACUUUUGGGAUAUUUGCAAGCUUUAAUAUAGAGGUCUUUGAUAUAUUUAAUAGCUAAUUUCAACUUUCCAUUAUUGUAGUUAAAAUAU